AUGACAGGAUCAUCAGCUGCUGCUCAAGGAGCUAAGGAUAGUAUUGCUGGCACUGUUGCAGGUGCUGCUUGCUUAUUUACAGGACAUCCAUUCGAUACCAUUAGAGUUAGAUUACAGACUUCGAGUACACCGGUCGGAAUCAUAGAAUGUUUGAAGAAUACAGUGCAAAAGGAGGGUGCGAUGGCACUCUACAAGGGUGUGACGAGUCCACUGUUUGGAAUGAUGUUUGAGACGGCGGUGUUGUUUGCCGGUUACGGUCAGAUGAAAAAGCUGAUUCAGAAAGACCCGACAAAGCCACUAGAACUCUGGCAAUACAGUGUUUGUGGUGCCGGUGCCGGUUUCACUGCCACUUUCGUGUUGACACCGGUCGAGUUGAUCAAGUGUCGUCUUCAAAUCCAAACAACAGGACCACAGAAAUACAACGGAUCAUUCGAUUGUUUCAAGAAGAUCAUCAAAGAGGACGGUGUCGCCGGUCUCUACAGAGGAAUCAUACCGACACUGGCCAGAGAGAUUCCCGGUAACAUGGCAUUCUUUGGUGUCUACGAAGGUUUGAAACGUCAUUUUAGAAAAACAACUGGAAAAGAAGAUUUACCAUUACAAUAUUUAAUUUUCUCUGGUGGAAUUGGUGGAAUUGCAUAUUGGAGUAUUUUCUAUCCAGCAGAUGUAGCGAAAUCUAGUAUUCAGGUGAGUGAUGGUGGACCAGCACCCUCAUUGACAGCGACAUUGAAAAAGAUUUACCAAAAAGAUGGUGUCAAAGGAUUAUAUAGAGGAUAUGUUCCAACAGUACUGAGAGCAUUCCCAGCUAACGCUGCAAUGUUUUCAGUCUACGAAGUUAUGGAAUCUCCAGAGCAACAUCAUUUCAUUUCCAAUUAUUUGAAUUGUUUAAAUACAAAGUUAAAUUUUAAAAAUGAUGGAACCUUUAAAAUUUUACAAUUUACAGAUUUACAUUAUGGUGAAACCGAUGAGAAAGAUAAUAAUUCACAGGCAGCUCAAACAGUGAUUUUAAAGACGGAACCCGAUAUCGAUUUGGCAGUGAUGACUGGCGAUUGUCCGCUGAUCGCUGCCGAUGUUCAAUGGGCACUGGCACUAGGCAAUCACGAUGACCAAGCCGACUUAAACCGUCGUCAAAUCAUAGAUUUCGACAUGAGCUUUCAGCAGAGUCUGACCAUCCAAGGUCCCGAAGGUAUCACCGGUGCUUCCAACUACUACAUUCCCGUACUGAAUGGUGAUGAACCAGCGCUGAUUCUCUACUUUUUCGACUCGAACGAUGACAACUGUCAGAAUAUCACUGGUUGGGGAUGCGUUUAUCCAGAUCAAGUUCAGUGGUACACUCAAACUUCACAAGCACUGAAACAAAAAUAUGGUAAGACCAUUCCGGCAAUGGCUUUCAUGCACAUUCCUAUUCCAGAGUAUUUGGACAUGUGGAAUUUCUAUCCUGUGAACGGAUCGCUUGAAGAUACCGGUGUGUGCUGUUUCUCUGUGAACACCGGAUUGUUUGCCGCUUUCAGAGAGAUGGGUGACGUUGUCGGUGUCCUCUGUGGACACGACCAUAACAAUGACUUUAUUGGAAUGUACAACGGUAUCCAACUGGGCUAUGGAAGAAAAACCGGGUAUGGAGCAUACGGUCCACCACCAGGAUGGAAACACGGUGCCAGAGUGAUCGAAUUUAUCGCGUCGCCAUUCUCAUUCAAGACAUGGUUGCGCUUCGAAGAUGGAACCACCGAAGAGACACAGACACUUCAUCAGCCAAACUUGAGCGAAGAGUGGAAUGCUUGCUGCGACACUGUUGGAUUCGUCAACCACAGCAUGAUUGUUUCAAACUGCAGAUCCUAUGAACAGGAAUUCGUAUCACUACAUGGAAGUUCAUCUGAAAAAGUACAUUAA